CCGGCUCCCAACUCCAGCCCCUCUCUCUCGAUCAGCCGCUCACUCUGUCUCAAUAUGUCUCAAGAUGGCGGCCAAUGUGGGAUCGAUGUUUCAAUAUUGGAAGCGCUUUGAUUUACAGCAGCUGCAGAGGGAGCUCGAUGCCACAGCAACAAUAUUGGCAAACCGGCAAGAUGAAAGUGAGCAGUCGAGGAAAAAACUUAUUGAGCAAAGUCGCGAGUUCAAGAAGAACACUCCAGAGGACCUGCGCAAACAGGUAGCUCCAUUACUGAAGAGUUUCCAGGGAGAGAUCGACGCAUUGGGUAAAAGAAGCAAAGAAGCAGAGGCAGCCUUCUUGAAUGUUUAUAAGAGAUUAAUUGAUGUUCCAGAUCCAGUUCCAGCCUUGGAUUUAGGACAGCAGCUUCAGCUGAAGGUUCAACGUAUGCACGAUAUUGAAACAGAAAACCAGAAACUUAGGGAAACUCUAGAGGAAUACAAUAAAGAAUUUGCCGAGGUGAAAAAUCAGGAGGUUACAAUAAAAGCCCUUAAAGAGAAAAUCCGAGAGUAUGAACAGACCCUGAAGAACCAAGCGGAGAAUAUAGCCCUUGAAAAAGAACAAAAGUUACAAAAUGAUUUUGCGGAGAAGGAGAGAAAAUUGCAGGAGACACAGAUGUCGACAGCCUCGAAGCUGGAAGAAGCUGAACACAAAGUUCAAGCUUUGCAAACAGCCUUGGAAAAAACCAGAACAGAACUAUUUGAUCUGAAAACAAAAUACGAUGAAGAAACUACUGCAAAGGCUGAUGAAAUCGAGAUGAUCAUGACAGACCUUGAAAGAGCAAAUCAGAGGGCAGAGGUGGCUCAGAGAGAGGCAGAGACCUUAAGGGAGCAGCUCUCGUCAGCUAACAAAUCUCUCCAACUUGCUACGCAGAUCCAGAAGGCACCUGAUGUGGAGCAGGCCAUCGAGGUGCUGACACGGUCCAGCUUGGAGGUGGAGCUGGCUGCGAAGGAGCGGGAGAUUGCCCAGCUGGUAGAAGAUGUCCAGAGACUCCAGGGCAGCCUCACCAAGCUGCGGGAGAACUCCAGCAGCCAAAUCUCCCAGCUGGAGCAGCAGCUGACUGCCAAGAACAGCACACUUAAACAACUGGAAGAAAAACUGAAAGGACAGGCUGAUUAUGAAGAGGUUAAGAAAGAAUUAAAUAUAUUGAAAUCCAUGGAGUUUGCACCAUCUGAAAGCUCUGGUGCGCAGGAUGCAUCUAAACCGCUGGAGGUGCUGCUGCUGGAGAAGAACCGCUCCUUGCAGUCUGAGAACGCCACGCUGCGUAUCACAAAUAGUGACCUGAGUGGGUCAGCCAGGAGAAAAGGGAAAGACCAGCCUGAGAGUCAGCGUCCUGCAACCUUGCCGGCCUCCCCUCCUUCUCAGUUGCUCCGCAACACGGGGGAGCAGGCUUCCAAUACUAAUGGUACACACCAGUUCUCACCAACGGGUUUAAGUCAAGACUUUUUCAGCUCAUCCCUGGCGAGCCCCAGCUUACCCCUGGCCUCCACAGGAAAAUUUGCACUAAACUCUCUCCUCCAGCGACAGCUAAUGCAGUCCUUCUACUCCAAGGCAAUGCAGGAAGCAGGAAGCACAAGCAUGAUUUUUUCAACAGGUCCUUACAGCACAAACUCCAUAUCUUCCCAAAGUCCAUUACAACAAAGUCCGGAUGUAAAUGGCAUGGCCCCAUCUCCCAGCCAGUCAGAAAGUGCUGGGAGCAUCUCUGAAGGCGAGGAAAUAGACACAGCCGAAAUUGCACGUCAGGUGAAAGAGCAGUUGAUCAAGCACAAUAUUGGACAGCGGAUAUUUGGACAUUAUGUGUUGGGACUGUCGCAAGGGUCUGUGAGUGAGAUACUAGCCCGGCCAAAGCCAUGGAAUAAACUGACUGUGAGAGGCAAGGAGCCAUUUCAUAAGAUGAAGCAGUUCCUCUCGGACGAGCAGAACAUCUUGGCUCUUCGCAGCAUCCAGGGUAGACAAAGAGAGAAUCCAGGCCAGAACCUGAACAGACUAUUUCAGGAAGUACCGAAACGAAGAAAUGGGUCUGAAGGUAAUAUAACCACAAGAAUCCGAACCACAGAGACUGGCUCUGAUGAAGCCAUCAAAUCCAUUCUCGAACAAGCCAAAAGGGAGCUGCAAGUACAGAAAACAGCUGAGCCGGCUCAGCCGCCUUCUGCAUCUAGCAGUGGCAAUUCUGAUGAUGCUAUUCGAUCCAUUCUGCAACAAGCCCGACGUGAAAUGGAGGCACAGCAGGCUGCCCUUGAACCUGCCUUAAAAACACCACCUUUAUCUCAAGCUGACAUUUCUAUGCUGUCCCCCAAACUAGUAUCUACACCUGCAAUGUCCUCGGUUUCCAGCUAUUCUCCUUUGGCCAUAUCCCUGAAGAAACAUUCAUCUGUCACUGAUUCCAGUAUCUCUGCGUUGCAGAACCUCUCUGGGCUCAAAAAGGAGCCUCAGGAGGCACCUGUUUUAGAGCUUCAUGGAGUAAGUGAUUCUGCCCAGGGUAUGUUGAGGCAUGUUAAAAAUGAGUUGGGACGUGGUGGUGUUUGGAAGGACCAUUGGUGGAAUACUGUGCAGCAUGAGAGAAGAAAUACAGCUCUUCCUGAAGACAUAAAAGUUGAGGAAACCAGUGGUGGAAAAGAAAAGGUCAGCAAUCAGACUAGGCCAGAUCGUAGCCAGCUCCAAGGACCAUCUUCUUCAGAGUAUUGGAAAGAGUGGCCUAACGCUGAAUCUCCGUACUCGCAGAGUUCUGAAUUGAGCAUGACUGGGGCGAGUCGCAGUGAGACACCACAGAAUAGCCCCCUCCCUUCAUCCCCUAUCGUGUCUUUGUCAAAGCCAUCCAAACCUUCAGUUCCUCCACUGACACCUGAGCAGUAUGAGAUUUAUAUGUACCAGGAAGUGGAUACGAUAGAGCUAACGCGGCAGGUCAAAGAAAAGCUAGCAAAGAAUGGCAUCUGCCAAAGGAUCUUUGGGGAAAAGGUAUUGGGGCUGUCCCAAGGAAGUGUCAGUGACAUGCUCUCCAGGCCAAAGCCAUGGAGUAAAUUGACCCAAAAAGGCCGAGAACCAUUUAUUCGUAUGCAGCUCUGGUUGAAUGGUGAGCUGGGACAGUGUGUCCUGCCUGCACAAGGGCAGCAACAAGGACAAGUCCUUCACUCUGUGACAUCAUUACAGGAUUCCCUACAGCAGGGAUGUGCAAGCUCAGAAAGCACUCCAAAGACUUCUGCCAGUUGCAGUCCUGCUCCUGAAUCUCCCAUGAGUUCCAGUGAAUCAGUGAAGAGCCUGACUGAAUUGGUACAACAGCCCUGUCCCACUAUAGAGACAAGUAAGGAUGGCAAAUCCCAGGAAUCCAGCGAGCCACCUGCUUCUGAAUCCCAAUCUACAACACCUCUGCCGCUGUCAGGCCACUCGGCACUCAGCAUUCAAGAACUGGUUGCUAUGUCCCCUGAGCUGGAUACCUACGGCAUCACAAAGAGGGUCAAAGAAGUGCUAACGGACAACAAUCUUGGUCAGCGUUUGUUUGGGGAGACAAUCCUAGGGCUAACACAAGGCUCUGUCUCAGACCUUCUGGCUCGCCCGAAGCCCUGGCACAAGCUGAGUUUGAAGGGACGGGAACCCUUUGUCCGCAUGCAGCUGUGGCUGAACGAUCCCAACAACGUGGAGAAGCUGAUGGAUAUGAAACGAAUGGAGAAAAAAGCCUACAUGAAGCGGCGACACAGCUCUGUUAGCGACAGUCAGUCCUGUGAGUCCUCCUCAGCUGGGAUAGACUACAGCCAGGGUGCCAGCCCACAGCCACAGCACCAGCUCAAGAAGCCCCGGGUGGUGCUGGCACCAGAAGAGAAAGAAGCUCUGAAACGAGCCUACCAGCAAAAGCCAUACCCAUCACCAAAAACCAUUGAGGAACUUGCUACACAGCUCAACUUGAAAACCAGCACCGUGAUCAACUGGUUCCACAAUUACAGGUCUCGCAUCCGCCGGGAGCUGUUCAUCGAGGAGAUCCAAGCUGGGAGCCAGAGCCAGGCUGGGUCGAGCGACUCUCCUUCCGCCAGAAGCAGCAGGGCCGCUCACAGCUCCGAGGGAGAUAGCUGCGACGGCGUGGACACAGAAGGCCCACCUGAAGGGAAGCCGAGUGGCCCGGAGGCGGAUGAGUACAGCAAUGCAACCACAAAGUCUCAGGGAGGGCCAGCGGAGUCGGCUUUCGAAGCGGGGGAAGAGGCACUGCAAGGCGCCAGGUCUUCUGAGAAAGCGGAGCCGUUCCAGGCGGAGAGCCUGGAGGACACCGACGACGAGGGCAGGCUCAGAGCACAGCGUCAGAGCUCUCCGCCGGCAUCGCAGCGCCCGGGAGAAGCUCUGGAGACACUGCCAAACUCUGCCACGGAAGGGGAUGCCUCUACCUCAGCUGCCUCCACCUCAGUCCUUACAGGGGAGAGCUCCUACAAGUCAAAAGAAAGUUCAGAGAAAAUCUCCAGUGUGCCAAGUACGAGCUCGACGCCGGCCGCAGGCUCGCAGAAAGCCAACUCUCUUCAGAGCUUGUUCGGCUUCUCGGAGGCGGCGAGCUCCAGGAACACGCGAGACAGCUCCUUGAGGAAAAAGAAAGCAGCAAACUUGAACAACAUCAUCCACCGCUUGGAGAAAGCCGCGAGUCGGGAAGAGGCCGUCGAGUGGGAGUUUUGAGAUUAAACCUCGCCCAACUCUGGAGAGCUGGGAAGUGAAACUGGACCUCUACUGGUUUUAUUGUGUUGCGCACUUAACCGCCCUGCGGGCCACAGGGCAAAAACGCCAUAGGCCAAGGUGCAUAUAGAAAACAAAAAAAGGAGCGUUAAGCCCGAUUUAUGUUUGUUGUUUUCGAGGAAGAAAACUGAAAUGUGUAGUCAAGCUUUUUUGUACCCUGAAGUGUUUUUAUUAUUGCCCUAAAGUGAUUUCCACAGUUUCUGGAAUAACUCAUACAGCUUUGCCUUGUGCCCUCCUCUUUGGUGUGGGCUUUAAAAAAAAAAAAGGAGAAAAAAACAGUAAAAAAAAGAUGAAAAAAGAAAUCAAACCCACGUAUUAAAAGGGGGCUUUUUAUCUGCCAUCUAAUGGCGCCAGAGCGAUAAUACACUAUUAUCUUCUUAAACCAGGAAAAAAGAAAAAAAAGAAAAAAGGGGAGAUUUUGCAGAAAAAAAAAAUGAAAAAAUAAAAAAGAAAAGUUUUUUGUAGCUGUUCAGUUGCCACUAAGAGAUUGCACAGUCAAGCGACUCUAAACACACUAGUUUGGAUUCCUACGUAUUUUCAAGAAAAAGGAAAAGAAAAUCUUGUUUGAAACUUUGAAUUAAAAAAAGAAAAUAAAAAAAAAAACCACAUUUACUCCACCUAUUUUUUAACAAAAAAAAAAACAAAGUCAAAAAGUCACAUCAGGAAAAUAUCUUAAUUUGUGGUAGCUGACUUAGUGUUUUCUUGUAAGUGAAAUAGAAUAUUGACACGUAGUGCACAUUGUUUCAUAGCUUUAACUGAUUCUGGUCUUUUGCAGACCAGAAUUUGUUUAAUACACUCCAUUUUAGGCCAAAUCAGGACAAAAAAAAGUAAAAUCUGAAUCUAGGUAUUUUAUAAUCUGCUUUUUAACCUCUAACCACAGAGCACGCUGAUCAGACCUCAUAUCUAGGAGGUUUAGGAGACAACUUAGAAACAGCAUGUACUUGAUCAUUUCACUUGGUUCGUAGUGUACAGGAUUUCCUUUCCGUAAAGACAGAGCGCUCAAAAAACGUUGGCCAGUAACAUUUCAGCCUGCUACUUCGGGACAUAUCCCAUAUCCCGAAACAUUCAGCUUACCUGGAAUCGAUUAAAACAUAGUUCAUCUGUACGAUUGCUGUCACACACACCACUAAGAGGGGACUGGAGCUGCCUCAGAUAGAGACCUUUUCCUGCUGUUGGUGGCCAUUUACUGACUCUCUUCCCACCACAAGCACUGAUUUUAAAUACGUUUUAGUUGUGGGAAGCUUAUUUUUGCGUGGAUAAAGAGUACAUGGCAAUGACCAGACGGGCUCUUACCGGGAUGGAAACAGCCCAAACUCCAAACCAAAACCUUCGUGCUCUUGAGUCCCAGUCUAGACCAUUCUGCCCUGCAGAAACACAGCCUUUUUUCCAUUAUCUUAUGCACAGGUUAGGGCUGAUCAAAGUACAAAUCAAAUUCUAACUUGUCUCUAACUCCUCCUGUUGUCUAUAUGUAUAUGCGUGAGCAUAGAGGUGUGUGGAAGGAUGUGUGUGCGUGAGUGUGUGCGUGCAAUUUUAUACGUCUGUGUAUUUUCUUACGUACUUGUGCACACAUAGAGUGCAUUACUGCCACCUUUUUUCAAUAAGCUGUUUUAUCAGUUAUGGCUUCUACAAGUUUGCUAAUUUAGACUCCUUUAUUGCCAUAUCUUUAAAACUAACAAUAGAUGAUUUCGGAAUAUAUAUAUAUAUAAAUAUAUAUAUAUAUAUAAUUUUUUUUUUUUUUGCUUAUUUAUAGGUGCUGUAUUUUAUUAUCUGAUUGUUAGGAAGGGAUGAAAGGGGGCAAAUAUUCUUUAGAGGGAUAGACUGCCGGCAGUAUUGGGUAUAAUUUACAAGAUGUAGUUGUCAUACUGUAUAUUAUUGAUUGAAGACUUUUUGACCGUAUUGUGUAUCAUUGAACUUUUGUCUUAGGUCAGCAUCUUUUUGAUGACACUUUAAUGGUGCAUUCAUUACUUCUUAAGUUUAAUUAAUAUUACUUUUCUGAUUUUGGGGGAGGGAGGGAUGGGGAGAGGAGUUCCGACUUUAAAGGUAUGUUCCCAAUAUUACACCUCAGUGUGCUUGUAUUAAUUCAUAAGUAGGAUUUUUGACUGUAAGAUGUGAAACCACAUUUCUUGCAUGAUGUUUUAGAACUUACAUAUUUCAUUUACAGUCUCUUAACAUGCAACAGCAGCAUUUAGCGCAAGUUUUCACAAAUUAAGAAUCAGUACACUAAAAUCAGUCCUUUUCAUGAUUAAGAAAAGAAGGCUCUAGGAGGCUGAAAGGCAGGGAUUUAUUUCCUAUUUUUACUGCUAGCUGUUUCAGGAUACCUCCUUGGGUAACUGGGGACUUGUGAUGCAAACCUAAAAUUGAGAAACAGAGAGAGCAACUGCCCCUUUCUGUGAUGAGCUGAGGAGGCGAUUUGUAAUAACAGACACCAGUAUGUGACAGCACGUGCUGGAAGCGGUUACGGCUUCUGAUCCCGAGUGCAGUUAGUCCGCGGGAACAGCCAGCGAGGGAAAUAACAUGGGGAAGCAAAGUGUUACCUCUCUGUAUGUGUACAGUGUCCUGGUUUGACUUACAAAGCACAGCUCCAUCGAUAAAUGCACGUCCUGGUAAAAAAUACACGUACCUUAAUGCAAGUCAUAACAAGAUGUGUCUUCAGGCUCGAAGCAGAACUUCUCACUGGAAGACACAGAUAUUUUCUUAAGUUCUUUGUAUUUUCUCGUUGUUGUUGUUUGGUUCAGGUUGGGUUUUUUUUAUAGGCAAUAUACUUGCCAGUCUGUUUCUACUGUCCUUGUCUGCUGAUUUGAGAUCCAGGUGCUUGAUGCAGUCAAGUGGUGACUCUCGGCUUUCUCCAUAGUGAGGGUUUUUUUCUGUUUGAAGAUUUAUUUUUGUUCUUUAAAUUAAUAUUCCCCAAACUGUUCUUGUGCCUGUGUCUAUAUGAUUGCAUUCCAUGAUGCUUACUGAGAGCUCUUGCUGCAUUAUACGACAGCAGAACUGUAUUCGUAGGUUGAACGCAAAUGCAGCAGUUAAGGUCAAUCUCUCUUCUUAAUAAGCAAUACGUAAGUGCCUUGAAACUUAGAUCGUCUGGGUUUUUUCUGUUUAUUUUUGUUUUGCUUUUCAGGUUUCCACUAAUUCUGUAGGAUUCUCUAGCGUCUGCCCAGUUUUUAAUGCUGUAAUGAUUUUUAAAAAGCAUAUCUGUAGCUUGCCCUAGAGGAAAUCUUUCUUUUAUAACACUAACUGUUAAUUCUAAGCUCCAUUAUUACAUUUGAAUCGUGUAAUUUUGCUGGAUAAAGACAGCAUUCAUAAGUCAGAAGUCACUCCAUCCUGCCAAGGGUUGUCAUUGGUCUCUAUUACAAAAUUAAUCAAAUAAAAUGCUGUCAGUAUUUCCUAUAUUUUUGGCACUUUAUUAAUGGCUUAGCUCCUUUUGUUGUUUCAUAUUUAAUGAUCUGCGUUGAAUGUGGAUUAGCCUGCUGAGAUGCUAUUGGGGUGACCUGGCCCGUCCUGAGGGGGGUCAUUUUGGGUUCCUUGGUGACCGCUUUAUUUAAGGGCAGGGGCAGGCAAGCGCCCUCCAAUCGAGCUCGUAGGGUUGAAGUGAUGUUCCCAGCUGUUUGUUCCCGGUUUUUAGCCAAGGUCACAGCUGCUUUUCUGUUUCAGUGGGAAGUAAAAUGGAUUAGCUUGAACUACUGCUGAGAUUCUCUUGUUGGAGGUGAGGUACCUACUGGCUUUCCAAACUGGCAGAGACCUCCCCAGUUUAGAGACUGAACACUGAAAGGUUUUACCUGUAUUUUUCAUCAAGUGCGGCAUUUGAAGUAAUGCUUUUAGGAAAAUGUGUAUUAGAAUAAUUUUUUGUUUUAAUUAAAAGGAUAAAAAGUUGGAGAAGGAACGCCAAAGAGUAGCACGGUGGCUUUUUACCCUCGUGUUUCAUUGCUUACACAGGAAAUAAGAUGUUACCCAGGCGCAUGUGAUUUGGGGCUCACCUCACGGGGCAGGCAUUCUGUAGGGCACAGAGCAUGGCAGCAGAGCCCUCCCUACAACAUUUAUUUUCAUAAUGGAUAAAAGCACAGGCAGUUUUCAGAAAAUCACCAAUGCCAGAGUCUGGUUUUUCCUGAUGUUCUCUGGAAGCAAUUUUAUUUUCUCUUUCUGUUUCCAGUUCUAUGCUCUUACUCAGCUGUGGAUGAAGGGCCCAGGCUAUUUUAACAGAAAUACCUUUAAACUGCAGUUAAUGUUGUCAAUUUUUUUCUCUCUGGAUGGUUAGGGAAGAAAAGAAAGUGUAGUACUAUGUCUGCUAAAAGCAAGGGAAGAGUAUCCCUUGGCAGAGGGGUCGUACAAUGGGAUUGUCAAUAUGCUUCCAUUUUUGAGGAUACAAAUUUCAGCCAACAGAAUUGCACGUGUACUGGCAGAAAUGCAUGUAAUUACAAUUGCUGUUGAUGACAUAGAAUUUGACUAUUUAUUCAUGUGUAAAAUGCCUAUAAACAGAGCCACUCUUAAAAGGAACCUGUAUCAGUGCACUCUGCCUUUAUCAUGCAUUAGUGAGUCCUCUAGUAAUAAACUCCUUGCUGUGAUAGGAAAAGAUCUAUUUUAUGGCUAAAAAGAAAAAGCAGUUUAUGUGCCUUUCUCAUUAGGUGACAGAUCUUUGCUUAUUUUUAACUUGUUCAUAAGGGAAUGAUGUAGAGAAAGGGGCUCACAAACAUGACGGAAUUCUAUGCAAUAUUCUCUAAUCCAGUUACUUAAAAGUUGCUAUUUUUCAGUGCUUUAAUGGAAGAAAUAGGAAGUUAGAGAAGUGUGGCAUUCUGGUGGUAAUUCAGACUCCAAAGUUGAUAAAUUCAUAGGAAAUAGGAUUGAAGGAAAUCUGACAAAAUAAUGUCAUGAAAUAACAGAAACCCUUAACAGUGAUUGCAGUCCCCUACUAGAACAGCUGCUGUCACAGGUCAGUCAUUUUCCAUCUUAAAAUUACUAAUUUCUGGUAUUCUUAAAAAUCGUAUGAAAUAAAAAUGUUCCUGACAAAAGCAGGGCACGUUAGGGAUAAAAAUCCCAGCAUUUUGACCAUAUAUAAAUUAAGAGAAUACACAAAGAAAGUAAUGGGUUUUAGACACUUCUUUGCACUCGAAUUUAAACUGAAGUCUUAACUGAAAGUAAUCUGGACCGGUGCCUUUAGCAAGGUUGCAAAGAGAUCAGUAAACUUGGCAUUUGUUGCCAGCCAGAAAUAAAGUGGUGACAUUUUUACCAUGCAGAUGGAGGGCACUAUUUUUGCUUCGUUUGUGUCGCUUCCUAACAGGCAAGUUUCUUCAAUUAUCUCUUCUUUCUUCUUCACCCAGUGUACAUAUCCUCGGGUAUUCUCUGUCUUACAGCCCCUGUGUGUGGCUGAGCUGGGAGCAAUUCUUGAAGAAGACUAUCAGAAACAUGGGAGGUGGAGAGUUGUAUCUUAGGUAGGGGCUGGAUAUUAGCAUUCACUAAAACCAAAUCACAUCUUUCCCAUGAGUGAGUGACAGUUUUGGCCCUGAUGAGACAAGCUGCUUAUAGCUUCAUACUCCUAAAUUUAACUCACAGAUAAAAAAUGGCUGCAAAGCAGUUUUCAGUUUACUCCUGUGUUGACCUACUGCUUUCCCCUGGCACGUUCUGCUGCCCCACUGUUUGAGCAUCAGGAUUUUCUCCCUUAGUGUUGCAUAUACAGUCAACUUCUUAAAAAAUAAAUACAUCUGGAAUUUAAAAUUCUGUAGAAACAAAAGACUUCUUUCCCCAGCAGUUUAAAAUCUUGCUGAAUGGUUUUUAAUUGCAAGGAGAACCAUUGGCGUGGAAAGCACGAGAUCUCAAUUUCUCUUCUACCUUAACCUUCUUAGUUUGAAUAGUGAUGUAGCAGCCCCUGUCUCCUUCAUGUGUGUAUCUGAGCUCUGAAAUUUAGAAGCAUUAUCUCACCAAUUUGUUCUUUCCUUCCCGUCUCUUUUAUGAGAUAUAUUGACUAUGCCAUGUACAAAACAGAGUUAAUAAUGAACUUUAUAGCAAGAAAACCCCUUUAUGCUAUGCCUAGGGACUGGUUUGUCCUACAUGACCAGGUCAUGUACUAUGCCCUACCCUAUUAAUAUGCAAAGAUUAGAAGUUUUAUGCUCUGAAGGUGAAAUUUAUCCUUUUGGAGAAGGUUAGCGUUAGGCCUGUGCACUUAAGUUUUCAAGAAGCCUUAAAAACAGGUAUGUAAGUGGUGCCAUCUCUCUCCUCAGGGAUGAUCCCCCCCCCCCCCCAAGCCAAGUUCUGUGGCAUAUGUGAGAUAACUUAUUAAUUGUAAGGUCAUUUUCCAGUUGAGGAAGGUCAUUUGCUGAACUUUAAUAGUGAGCCUCAUCACCAGCAUCCUCUGGAACCAGCAAGGGCUGGUUGGAGGCCUGAUUCCCUGGCUUUGAUUUUCACUUCUAUUCCCAAGCACGUUCUGGCAUUGAAAGGAAAUGUCUCUUCUUAAGAAAUUGAUGAGAUUGUUGUAUUUUUCCUUGCCCAGCUCUUCUGUGAAGGACAAUUGUGGCCGUUUUUCAAGCUUGCUUUACUCACAGUGAGUUCAGUAGAUUUUUGCCACAGUUCUGUAGAUGUCUAUAACCGUUGGUUUCAUAGUAUCAUUUCAGUUUCCUUAUGUUUUGAAACAGCCAAAUGCAGAGAAUGACUGAAUUCUCCACCAUAAUGAAACUGUGCAAGAAACAGUGCAGCAAAAAUAGAUGCCUGAAGCCCCCAUGACAUUGUGUCUUUCACGUUUUGUUUGAAGUUUAGAGGUUAUUUGUACUCCGUAGUACAAUCUUCGUCCAAAGAUCCUUGGAAAUGGAGAGUCAUGCCAGGAAUUUCCUGCUGUUAUGGUGACAUACCUGUUUUUGCAUAGUUACUGUGUAAUUCUGUGGUAAUGUUCUCUAACAGCGCAACCUCUCUAUUGGUAACAAGAACAACGGCGUUAAGUUGCGUUAUCCUCUUCUGUCUAUGCGGGUAAUUAAUAUGCAUUUGUAGGAGUUGUUAAAUAUGUAUAUGUACAGGAUUCCAGUAUGGAAAAGCCCCUCUGUAUAUGUGGUAUUUGCGUGCUUGCUCUUAAUGGUGCAGUAGAAUUGCUACAGCCAAAUUCAUGGAAUCAUUUGGGGUGUACGUAAGUGAGGGCUUAAAACCAAUAUGUAUUUUGAUUCUUAGAGGAUGCCAUUUUCCCACUUGUCAGAUAAGUUCCGUGAUGUAAAGAGGGAAUUAUCCAUCUGAGAGAUUGGAUUGUGUGAGCUACACAGGUUUAGCUAAAGAGGAGGGGGAAGAUCACAUUCAAAAUACAGCAAAAUAAUUCCAAGGGUCUGAGAAGUGCAAAAGCCAAGGCAUUUGAAAGGAAGGGCCAGACCUUGACUGCAGUAUCCUGUAAGAGGUGUUCUGGAGGUUUUGCUUCAAUACGCCCUCCAAGAAGUCAAUAUGCUAGAUACUUGCACAUGUAAAAUACACUCUCCCCUAUCUGUGUGCAGUUGAACAGUAAAGACGUAUUUAAAACAAUCACCAAAACAGCUGAUCAGUAAUAAGCCAAGUAGCGAGUUAAAGCAGCAGUUCAUUCUUACUCUCCCUAAGCUGUGAAUUCAAGUAUUCUUAGGAAUGAAAUAGAAAUCUGUGUUAUGCAGCUCCUCUCAGGAGGCGAACAUCUGUGUUUCCAAGACAAGAAAUCAAACUUGGCCCUUGACUUGCUCAGAAGUACAAUCUUAUCUCCAAGUAACUUUCCUGCAAUCGGUCUUUCAGUCAGACUUCUCUAGCUUUUGUUAGCUUACAUUAGACCCUUAGUGCUAUUUUGAUGUAUUAUUUAUAUGUGGGUAAAUUAUUACUAGCUUUAAAAGUGUUUCCAAAGUACCUAGUUACCUCUGGAUGCUAGUACAGGCUACAUGGUGAGUACUUGAGCAUCUAGUUUGUAAUGGAUUUGUGUGGGGAAUAAGCAAGGCCACAUCUGUAUUGUACUUUUUCCUUGAUCAGGGCUUCCAUUUCCUUCUCGCCUCCUCUAGAGAGAUGGAGAUCAUGGAUCAGUUCUUUUUUUUCCUGUGUGGGAGAGAGUUUAGUUUAGCUCGAAAUGACUUUCAUUCAGUAGGCAAGUCACCAAACUCCUGUAUGUUACCGCAUUUCCCGUUCAGCUUUUUAGGUUUUGCUACUGACCUAAAUUUCCUAUUUAACAAACUUUCUCUACUUGGAAAGCUAUGUGCCUUAAUUCCGAAUCUCUUUGUGGAGAAUGAUCUAAAGCACAGUGAUCUAGAUUGCAGCUUUCACAGCCACUUUUCAUUUGGGGGUGGGGGGGGAAGCAAGCACCCAUCAAGGAGCGUUUCAGUGGCCCGACACGAGUUGCCCCGUUGCUGAUGAGCACUUCAAACACUGUGUGAAGUCUUUGUGCAAUAGCAAUUCUCGCUCUGCGUUUGAAGGUUCGUAUCCCAGCUGCCAAACGCAGGCGAGCCCAAGCUCUAGUUUAGGAGAAUUCAGGUUCCUGGGGAAGAGCAAAAUACAUAUCCAUCUGGGUUGGCUCCAGGAGCACGGUGGGGUCUCGGGUUAGAAAGUCCACCAUCACCCACAGUGUGCUCCUAAGGUUCAGUCUCACCCAGCGUACUCACCGGUCUGUCAGCAUUCAGGGAACACUUGUGGACUUCAGCCAUUGCUAACUGUGACCAUGUCCUCUUGUGCCAUUAGUGAUACACGCUGUCUUCAUUUCCAUGCCCAGAGCCUCGUGGUCUCUGGGUGGCGAGGCACUAUAAAGUCAUUCCAGUCUUUAUUUGGGUUUAAGAACAGGUUUUCACCCACUGGCAUCCUCAGCCCUUACCAGCGCUUGUGUGUUAUUUUCCAAGCUUGCUCUCUCUACAGCAUCAUAAGGUGAAGUAUAUAAAGGUGGUUUGUAAUUAGGAAAACAAUCUAAUAUGUCCUAUUUAUGAGAUUAAUUUUAACAGUUGUUUUUUUUUGAAGUUUGUUUUUGUUUGAUACAAACACAACAGGAGCAUACACAUCCCCUAAAUGGACGUUGGAGAAGGUCUGGGCUGUCCUAGCGAUGGAGCGGGAGGUGUUGGCUCAUCGUACUAUCCAUAUCAUGGUGCCCCUGUUGUGUUUUCUAGAGCAAUCAUUUUCUUUUUUUAAAGUAUUUUUAUUGAAAUGCCUAAUAAAUAAUAUUAUUUAAAUAGUUUUAAAAUAAUUUAGGACUGAGAAUAAGAAGCCUCAGUUGUGAGAGAAGAGACUUAAAAUAUACAGAGAGAGAAAAUAGCCUCCUAGAGCCUCUACUGAGAAUGUCAUGAAGAUGCAGUGCCCCUUUGUCAAAGUACAUAGUGAUUUACGCGAGAGUGUUAAUUUAAAAUGAGAGACUGGUUUCCUGUGAUGUUCAUCUUUGUUGGCAUAUGUUUGAAUUUCUCAAUUCAGAGCUGAUUUUCUUCUCAUUGAAAGUUGGUCAAGGAAAAAAGACAAAAAUCACCUUGUGCAGCAGCAACUUUUCCUGGUGUGAACUCUGGAAAUACACGUUGUGAAUUGAUCUUGGUCACGGAGGAGGUGGUUAGCUUUCUUGCAGUGUCAGAACACGUUCAGACAGGCUCUCCCUGGCUAGGUCACCCUUGGCAAGCGAGCAAGAGAAAGAGCUGCAUUAAGCCAAACCCCUUGUGCUCAAAAUUGCCCUUGCUCAUGGCAGGGGGAGCGUGUAUCUGCACGAGGGAUGUGCAAAGGGCCUCCGAUAGCACUGACCCACUCGGCCCCACAGUACAACCCUAUGGUGGGCAAAGACAGGCGGUGCUGAGCGAGUUGCAGGGCACAUCACCACUUCUGAAGAUCUGGAAGCAAAUUUGCACUUUGCCUUUUGAGGGGGUCCCACUAAAAACCAUCCGACGCAUUUCCCACGCGAGGUUCUUUCCUUCUGGCAUAGAAUAAAAGGGAGAGAGACACAAAACAAAAGCCCUCUGGUAAUUAUUGGAUAACCUCUGCGACACAAAAAGGUUGUUCCUGUCAGAAUCCUCUAUGCAUUUCUGUGUUGAAAAGCGUUUUCUGCCAUUCCUUUUGGGAAAGCAGCACUCGCUGGGAAUGCUGUGAGAUUGUCGCUGUACGAAUCUGGAUAAUUCCAAAGCAGAUGGAGGCUGGCUUGGGGAGGGGGGGGGUGAUGUUCUUUUCUUUAUAUUUCUAAUUGUUUCCCUCAUGUCCCUUUUCAUUUAUUAUUUUGUUCUGUUUUCUUUUUAAAUGAAAAAAAAAAAAUUAACUCUUUGCAUUUGUGCAAUAACUACUUGCCAUGAGAAUGGGCAGACCUUGGAAAUGCCCCGACUACUAACGCAGCACAAGAUGAACUCAAACAGAAAGUGGUGUACUUUUUCCUGAGAACCUUUUUUUUUUUCCUUGGUUUUUGUUUUUAAUAAUAAGCUCAGUUCCCCCCCCCUCACCCCCAGUGUAUUUGUGGUGUCUUACAUUUUUAGCAGUAUUUUCUACUUUUUUUUUCCCCCCUGUAACGCACUAAGUCUUAGGUGUUUUUAGAGCUUGUUUGUUAUAGUCACAAAUCACAGGUUGAAAAAAGGAGGAAAAAAAGGAAAAAAAAAAGAAAAAAAAAAUCCUCACAAAGACCCAAUUGACCAAAAAGAAAAAAAAAAAGUCUUUUUUUUGUUGUUUUUUGGGGUUUUGGGGUUGGUUUUUUUUUUUUUUGUACAAGUAGCUUUGAGAAGCCCACGUUGUGUUGCUGUGACUCAUCUUUUGUAACAUUUUAUUUCUUGGUAUUUGUUUAAACAUAAAGAAAGUAAGAGUUUAUAUGGCUGGCAGUAGCAGGGCAGCGCUCCCUCCGUCAGCAGAAUGGCAUUGUUUCUUCUGUCUUUGUUUGGUUAGCCAUAUAAUGUUUGUUCUCAGCACUGUACAACGGUCCCUAUAUGAUAUGGAGAAGCAAUAUCACUGUAUGAAACUCACACGAUGUAUUAUUAUUAUUAUUCACUAGCACCCUAGGUGUGAUAAUUGAAGUAAAUAUCUUUUAUACAAACACAA